GAUUUUCAUAUCUAAACUAUGUUCGAUCACUAACGUAGUGGUAUUAUACUUUUUAUCAGUUCGUCUUUAUUAUACUGUUCUCGACAACAAAAUAAUCGGUUUUCAUUCGCGUAACGAAAUUAGUCUUGAUUUGGAAAGCCUUGGUGCCGCUACUUAAAAUAAAAGUAUGGAUGACGAGGAAAAACUGCUCUUCAAUGGAUCGGUUGAAACCCGGAGAAAUGGAAAGCUAUCGUCCUACCUUACAUGUGGAUUCGUUCUGUUCUGGGUAGUCCUAUUCUUCGCCGUUGUAAUACCCCUUAUGUAUCGACUCCCAACGGCACUAACAAUAGAGGAUGCUCAUGAAAACGUGUUCAUCGCAGAGAGAGCAUACAAAAAUCUAUAUAAUCUUUCCAAUAUUGGAAUAAAACUAACCGGCACUGAAAAAAAUGAAGUUGAGGCCGUAAACUUUAUUCAAAAUGAGCUGUCAAAGAUUAAGGAAGAUCUUCAGGACGACUUAUUUGAUUUAGAAAUUGAUCUUCAACAUUCUUCUGGCUCCUUUAUCACUGGUUCCCUUCUCAGGAUAUAUCAAGGAGUUCAAAAUAUUGUCGUAAAAUUAUCUCCCGAAAACAGUACUAGCGAGACUUAUCUCCUUGUCAAUAGCCACUUUGACUCCAUGUCCGGUCCGGGUGCCGGUGAUGCUGGAUUCAUGAUUGUCACGAUGUUGGAAGUUAUACGGGUUAUUGCAACAUCGAGACAACCCAUCGAUCAUCCAAUCGUCUUCCUGUUUAAUGGAGCUGAGGAAGUGGGACUGUUGGCUUCUCAUGCGUUUAUCACACAGCACAAAUGGGCACCCUUCUGCAAAGCCGUGAUCAACCUUGAUGCUGCUGGAAGUGGAGGUCGAGAUGUUCUAUUCCAAACUGGCCCCAAUCACCCAUGGCUUGUAGACUACUACAAAAGAUACAUCAAACAUCCUUUUGCUACUACCAUGGCAGAGGAAAUAUUCCAAGCGGGCAUUAUUCCAUCGGAUACAGACUUCCGACAAUUUAGAACAUAUGGAAAUAUUCCAGGUUUGGACAUGGCCCAGUGUUUUAAUGGUUUUGUAUAUCAUACCAAAUAUGACACCAUCGAUGUGAUUCCUCGUGAAUCCCUUCAGAACACCGGUGAUAAUAUCUUAAGCCUGGUUCAAGGCUUGGCCAAUGCAACCGAAUUGCAUGAUACCGAGGCUCACAAGACUGGACAUGCUGUCUACUUUGAUUUUUUGGGGAUCUUUUUCUUCUACUAUUCAGAAACUAAUGGGAUACUUUUGAAUGUUGGCGUUGCUGGAGCUACUUUCAUUCUGAUCUUUUUCUCAAUGUGGCGAAUGGCAUCUGUAUCUCAAGUUUCAAUUUGCUACAUAAUCCGCUUGUUUAUCAUCUUACAAGUAAUGCAGGUGAUUUCCUUCGUACUCUCAAUAUACUUUCCAAUAGUUGUCGCAAAUAAAAUGGAUUCCCACGGGCAAUCACUGACUUACUAUAGCAGCCCUUACCUGAUAAUCGGCUUGUAUGUGACUCCCUCUCUUAUCGGUCAGAUUUUGCCUCAGCUUAUCAGCUACUUAUGUGUAAAGUGCCAUAAUAAAAUCUCAAAACCUUACUGCGCUCAGUUGAAAUUACAUAGUCACUCAAUAAACUUGGCUGUUCUUACCAUUUUCUUAACAUGUUUAGGCUUCCGUUCUUCAUAUAUUUUCGUUAUUCCUCUUAUUUUCUACAAUAUUGCCUUGGCUCUUAAUCUAAUGACCGCUUUACACGAUCGUGGCUAUGCCUGGAUAGGACUACUAAAAAUUAGCCAGAUUAUUCCUUUCCUGUACAUCAGCUACCUCGUCUAUACGAUUAUUGUUGUGCUUACACCAAUGUAUGGACGUUCAGGCAGUGCUUCCAAUUGGGAUUUCAAUAUUGCUGUCUUGGCAGCCCUAGGAACAGUUGUCUCCUGUGGCUUCUUGGUACCCCUGCUUAGCACUUCCCGUCAAAGAAGCCUUGUAAUAUUAACCCUGGUGGCAACUACAGCUCUCUUUAUAAUAUUGGCCUGUUAUACACGAUUGGGAUUUCCAUAUAGGCCAAAAACAAAUGCACAGCGUAUUGACUAUUUGGAAGUGCGAAAUAUGUUUUACGAGUACGAUGGAACUGUCAGUAGAGACGAGUCUGGUUACCUAAUUUUAUAUGAAGAUCGUCGUAGAGAAAAACCACUUUUGGACACGAAAAUGAAUUUGACUGGUUUGGUGAGUCUGGAAUCGAAUUGUAAGAAGCACAUGAUGUGCGGGAUGCCGUUGCAUGAUAAUCGAUGCGUUGCGCAGGAAUUUCAAUGUUCUUGGUUGCCACGUUCGGAACCCAUUGAGCCACCAGGACCAACCAAACUGGAAAUGCUGAGCAAAACCAUUAUUAAUGCCACAACUGUGCACUUUGAGUUCAAGUUGACGGGUCCCACUAGCAUGAGAUUGUUUAUCCAGGCUUAUAAUGAUGUGACAAUAAGUGACUGGUCGUUUCUGCGCACUUAUCUUGAUAAACCACCGCCAGCACAUAUUCCACGUCAGAUCAACUUCAAGUAUGCUAAUGAUGACUCGCCAUUUAACUUCUUUAUUGAUAUUUCGAAACUAAAUGGAAAUUUUAAUGUACCUUUAUUCCAACUCGGAGUGUCAGGACAUUACAUGGCACAUGAUGGUGACUCCGAGAGUAUAAAGUUCGCCUCAUCUUUCCCCUCCUAUUCAAUGCUCAACCAUUGGCCUGCGCUGUAUCAAAGAUACAUUUUUUAGAUAUAAAUAUUUGUAAAAACAAAUAUUCAUUCAAAAUUAAAUAAAAAACAUUUUUUUACA